CACCAACAAACACCACACAAUGGCACAACACCCGCUCGCGCACGAGGGCGGCGGCGACGACCUGGACGACGGGCUCGAGCUCGACGAGAGCUUGCUUGCGAGCGAUGAGGAGGUCGAGGUUGACGAGGGGGACGGAUGGAUGACGGACGACGAGGAGGUUGCGCCCAAGAAACGGGCGCGCGAAGAACCCGAGAAGGAGGGGGAGGGGGAGGACGACGAGAAGGCGCGAAAGAAGCGGAGGCGGGACAAGGACAAGGCGAGGCGCGCUGCCAAGCGCGCCGCCGCCAAUGGUGACGAGGAGACCGCCGACCCGUCGACGCUCGAGCCGGAGGCGGUCGCGCAGCUCCUGCUGGCGAGUGUGCGCGCCGCCAUGCCCGCGGCCACCGGGAUGGAGAUUGACGACGUGGCUGUUGCAUCAUCAAGCAUUCUCGAGCCUGUGCCGCCGUCAGGCGAGGGCGAGUUUGCCGGCCUCGUGGGCCGCCUGAACGACGCAUUGAAGGACGCGCCGAAGAAGCCCAAGCCGGGGUGUCCGCGUGUGCUCAUUCUCAGCUUGAGCGGGAUACGUUGUGCAGAUGUCGUGCGGGCGGUGCGCAGCGUUCCGCGGCCGGGAGAGGUUGCGAAGCUCUUCGCGAAGCACUUCAAGCUCGCGGACCAGAUCAAGUAUCUCGCUAAGACGCGCGUCUCCAUUGCGGUCGGCACGCCGGCGCGCGUCGCCAAGCUUCUGGCGGACGGCGCGCUUAAAAUGACCCCACAGUCGGUCGUGCUGCUCGACAUCGGGCACCGGGACAGCAAGAAGCGUUCGCUACUCACGCUGCCCGAGGUCCGCGAUGAACUGUGGACAGGCUUUUUCCGCGAUGCGCGCGCGGCCCUCAAGCCCGCCAAGUUCGCUGUCUUCUGAUCUCGCCAUCCCUGGCAUCAAGCAAUCAUAGCAUAGAGUACAUGCAGCUCGUAAUACACUUUCCGGCUACCAGCCGCAUCCA